AUGGAGCCCAAUGCAGCCCACCCUCGGUCGCGCACCGGUGGGACAGCAUCAUUGGGGUACCAGUCUGGAGACUGCGGGGACGCCCGAGCCCCCCCGGAAAUGACCAUCGGGCCCUCUCUUCUGGUCGCCAACCAGCACGAUGGUGCAUUCCGGGAUUUUUCGUCAGUUGGCGGGGCAGCCUUUCACGUGUGGCUAGCACAUUACUUGGGCCCCCUACUAACUGCGGUCGGCCAGCGGUGCACCGUGCCUCGGAUCCCGCUACCCUCCUCGACUAGUCUCCCGAUACGUCAAUACCAGCGCGAGGCCGGCUGGUCUGCAUGCAUUGGAACCGCCACUUCGACCCAUUUCCUCAGAAGUGGCUACAUAGGGCAUCGUACCGGAACACGGCUAGGCCGCUUGGCGGAUUUACUGGAGCGGAUAUUUCGGUUGUUCGACGCAGACGGCAACAACAACUUAGAUCAAAAUGACUGGCUAGAGUUCUUGAAAGAACGACUCAGCGAAGACAAGCAAAUAGAUUUUGUCGAGCAAGUGGAAAGUGUAGCUUACGUUUUAUGCGGCAACGGCGUAAUAACAUUGGACACGUUUCAACUCAUCCUUAAAAAUAAAGUUGUAACAAAUAAGUUGUUCCGGGUGGUGGACACGGAUGGUGAUGGGUAUGCGACGGCUGACGAGAUCAUGGAGUUUCUAUCUACAGUCACCAGUAGCAGGCCACGCGUGGGUUUUGACAAGCACAGCGUUGAUCGACUAGAGAAGCUGUUCAGAGCGACAGUCGGAGAUGAAAAGGAGAUCACCAGGGAACAGUUCCAGAAGAUCGUCGUAUCUAAGAAUCCGUUCUUCACGGAGCGAGUGUUCCAGAUCUUCGAUGAAGAUGACUCUGGCGCCAUUUCUCUUCAGGAGUUCAUCGCAGCCGUCCACCAGUUCGCCGGACAGACGCCUGAGGACAAGAUCAGAUUCCUGUUCAAGGUUUAUGAUUUGGAUGGUGACGGCCUCAUCCAGCACCGUGAGCUGCAGCACGUGAUGCGCGCCUGCAUGGAGGAGAACGGCAUGCAGUUCAGUGACGACCAGCUGCUGGAGCUCACCACCGCCAUGUUCGACGACGCCGACACCGAGCGCCGCGGCGCCAUCACCUACGACGCGCUGAAGAAACAACUCGAGAGCCACGAUGGAUUGCUGGAGAAUCUGUCUAUCAGCAUAGACCGUUGGCUGGUCCCUCCGAAACAGGAUCCAGAACCCGUCUCCUUCAAGCAGCGCCUGUCCCGACUGAAGCCCUACCAGUUAUCGAGGCCUUACUUCAAGAACAACUACGUGUUCCUCACUUACUUGGCCCUGUUUACGCUUGUCAAUGUUGGCCUCUUCGUCGCUCGCUGCGUGGAGUACCGCAAGGCAAAUGGAUUUGUUAUUUUCGCUAGAGCUUGUGGACAAUGUCUAAACUUCACGUGUUCCUGGGUGCUAGUGCUGAUGUUAAGGCACUGCCUCACUGAGUUACGCGUGCGCGGCUUCAGCUCCUACCUGCCCUUGGACCACCACAUCUACCUCCACAAGCUGACCGGCGUGUUAAUUGCUAUCUACAGCCUCGUCCAUACUCUUAUGCAUCUUUGUAAUUUUAGUAUAAUUGUUGUGAACGAUCCGGUCCUCAAUAAGGCUAACUACACAUUGUCGGAGUGGCUGCUGACGGAGAAGCCGGGCCUGUUCGGUCUGGUGCCGGGCUGUGCGAACCCCACUGGUAUAGCCCUGGCCGUGAUACUGCUCGUCAUGUUUAUCUGCAGCCAGCCUUUUAUAAGGAGGGGUGGGAGUUUCGAGGUGUUCUACUGGUCGCACCUGCUGUACGUGCCGUUCUGGCUGCUGCUGCUGGUGCACGCGCCCAACUUCUGGAAGUGGUUCGUGCUGCCCGGCACCGUCUACCUCUCCGAGAGAAUCAUGAGGCUCGCUUGGAUGAGAUCAGAGCGAGGCAAGACCUACAUAUCAUCAGGUAUCCUGCUCCCCUCUCGCGUCACGCACCUGGUGGUGAAGCGCCCCCCUCUAUUCCACUUCCACGCUGGAGACUACGUGUUUGUGAAUAUCCCUGCUAUUGCUACAUAUGAGUGGCAUCCUUUUACUAUCAGCAGUGCUCCUGAACAGGAAGAAUACAUCUGGCUGCACAUCCGAGGCGUGGGUGAGUGGACCAACCGAUUGUACUCAUACUUCGAGAGAGAGCAGGCCAGGCUUCACGGUGAAGAACUGCCAGCUAUAGAAAAUGGACAUCAAAAGCUAGCACGUUCAAUAUCCAGUCAGAGUAAGAAAAGUCGCAAGGGCUCCGUGGGUAGCACUAAGAAGAGGUCUGUUGACUUCUCUCCCAAGUGCUUCACUAACGAGGCAUAUGUUGCAGAAGAAGGAAAUGGGGACGUCAAACAAAACGAAGCUCAAUCACCGACAAAGAUAUCGUAUCACCCCUCACUACUGCUGGCUCCGCCUCGCACUCUGGAAAAAUCUCGAUCCAUGCCCGACGUACAAAAGAAUUUGAAGAAACGACAGCGUUUGAUGGCUCUACGUGACUUCAUGCGUUCGGAGUCGGAAAGCAAAUUGGACGAGGGCUCCAUACUGAGCGCUCGCAAGACCUUCGGGCUGGCCAGCAAGAUCCCACAGAACAAGUCCCUAGUACAUAGCUUCAGGUACAUGAGGACUAAGCCUACAAUCAUCGCCUUCAAGACUCCUAGCUUUGAGGAGAGGAGAAGGAGUAAUGACAGCAUUUUGACUCUUGCUCGUCGUCGUCUAUCAAAGAGUUUAUCUCCGGACAGAGACAUUGAAUGUCAGCCAGAGAAGAUAGUGGAAUGUGAAAACGAUGGUUCGGAGGCUACUGAUGACUUCGAAGUCAACUAUCCUAUUGGAAAGCCGCUGGAGCAUAAUGAUUAA